AUGAAUGAUAAUGACCCUUCUACAAUCAGACUUGUUCAGAUGUGCGCUGCACCGACUAACCCGGAUAUAAUAAAGUUGGAGCACAAUGACACUGAUGUUAUACAGCCAGCCAAUGCUAUGGUAGUGGAUGAAAAAACAGUAUAUCCAGUCCUGCCACCCAGCUCUCACUCGGCCAAAACCAUUACAAAGACGUCUGGCAAGGUAGCUCGUACUACUAUUGCUACAUGGGAAUCCACAGCUAAAAAUGAUAUACAGGAUGAGGAUACUGAGUCGGCAACAUAUGCAUUAAAGAAUGGCAAGUUGCCAGCAAAAGGACAGAGUUCCACUGCAUCCAUUGAGGAUGUUGAAAUGGAAGAUGCUGAGCACACUACAGAAACAAUGACGAUCGAUCUGCUGCCUCCUCAGAUUGCUAGCGAUCUUGUUGCUGAGAAGCUUAAAAACAACAAGGCAUUACAGACUGAACGAGAAGGACUUGUGUCGUUUCGAGUAGUCAAAAACGAUGGAACAGACGAGUCGAUGAUACUACUCACUGGACUGAAGAAUAUUUAUCAGCGGCAGCUACCAAAUAUGCCAAGGGAAUAUAUUUCUAGACUGGUUUAUGACAGAAACCACCACCACAUGGCAGUUGUGCGUCGUCCAUUGAUUGUUCUUGGUGGAAUCACGUAUCGACCCUUUGACAAACGAAACUUUGCCGAGAUUGUAUUCUGUGCAAUCACAUCGACAGAACAAGUACAGGCACGUAAUGCCAUCUUGUUAUGGGGCUAUGGAUCCCGGCUUAUGAGCCAUGUAAAGGACUAUGUGCGAGAAGCAUACGAUAUUUGGAAUUUUUUAACCUAUGCAGAUAAUUAUGCAGUCGGAUAUUUCAAAAAACAGGGAUUUACCACAGAGAUCACUUUAGAGAAGCGAUUAUGGGUUGGAUACAUUAAGGAUUAUGAAGGUGGAACCAUUAUGCAGUGCCAUAUGAUCAAGAAAAUCAAAUAUCUGGACGUUGUAAACACAAUUGUUGCACAUCGAUGGGCAGUAUUUAAAAAAAUCAAAGAGGCAAGCAAGUCAAGCAUAGUUUAUCCCGGAAUCAAAGAUUUUAGUCAAGAAGUCGAGCAUAUAGACCCAAUGUUCAUUCCAGGACUAAAGGAGGCAGGAUGGACUCCUGGAUUAGUAUCGACACGCCCACCGCCAAGAGAACGAAGUAUGUUGCAUAUAUUUAUGAAAAAGAUGGUGGUUGAGCUCAAAGAGGAUGAUAACUCAUGGCCAUUUCUUGAACCUGUUGCUGGAGUGCCUGACUACUAUGAUAUUAUUAAAGAACCGAUGGAUCUUGGAACGUUGGAAAAGAAUGUUGAUAAUGACAAAUACACACGCUCAGAUCAGUUUUUUAAAGAUGUACUGUUGAUUUUUUCAAACUGUCGCAUAUAUAACGAAGAUUCGUCUCCAUAUGCAAGAUGUGCUGUUCGAGUAGAGAAAUGGUUUCGAGAUAGAUUCAAACACCUCAAGGCUGAAAUGCGAAUUGAAUAA